UGUUUGUUUUGCGUCAUUUAGAAUGAUUGUAAUCGAGAACGUGGGGCCUCAAACCCCGGCCGGGACUAAGAAACAGUGGGCGAACAGGAUCAAGUGGGGCUUCCUGUUGGGCCUGAUGGUGCUCAUCUAUGGCUCUCAUGCGCCACUUAUCACUCUCACCAAGGUAGACGGUCAAGUCCCAUUCAACGCCUCCUCCUGCGUCCUCAUGAUCGAGCUGGCCAAGCUGCUCGUCUCCCUGCUGAGCCUGGUUUUCACAGGCGCCACGACGAUACCGCGGUCUCCUCCGCGUCUCGUCGCCCCUUACGCGAUCCCCGCCGUGCUGUACACCUUAAACAACAACCUGGUUGUGGUCAUGCAGGCCUACAUGGACCCGAGCUCUUUUCAAAUACUCUCCAAUCUGAAAAUAGCUUCGACCGCCCUGCUGUACUCCGCCUGCCUGGGGAAGAGGCUGCGGUCUGAGCAGUGGUUGGCCCUGGGGCUCCUCAUGGCUGCGGGGGGCUUCCACAGCUACAGCAGCCUGGAUCUACAAGACCCUGAGAGGAUCGACGUCGAUGAGGGUCCCAGGCUUCACAUCACUGCUUGGGGGCUUUUCCUCGUGCUGGUUUACGCCGGCGUGUCGGGUCUGGCAGCAGUUUACACAGAGAGGGUGCUGAAGAGCCAAAGGUUGCCCCUCAGCGUACAGAACCUCUACCUCUAUAUGUUUGGAGUGGCAAUCAACGGACUGUCCUCUCUCUCCUCCGUAGGAAGCGACCAAGGGUUUCUGGAGGGCUACUCGGGGGUGGUGUGGGGCAUCAUCGCAGGACAGGCAGCAAAUGGACUUCUGAUGUCUGUGGUGCUCAAACACGGUAGCGGCAUCACCAGACUGUUUGUCAUUUCCUGCUCCAUGCUGGUUAAUGCGCUGCUGUCCUGGGCUAUUUUAGGAUUACAGCUCACUCCUUUGUUUCCUCUACCUUGUGCACUGAUUGGAUUGGCAGCUUACCUUUAUUACAGAUAGCAGAGGGUUUGAGCUUCAAACAAAGGCUGCCAGUUGUGGUCCUUAACAUUUGAGAUUAUUUUACUGGUACUGUGCGAUGGAAAAGUAUUCAUUUCUCUCAAACACAUUUCGAUGUAUUGUUAUUAUACACAUAAAAUCUGAAAGGUAGGACUUUUGUUUGGAGUCAAUAAAUGAAUCAGGUUUUGAGGCAGCUGCAGAUCUUUUGGGGUUAUCAAGCAGUGCUACAUCUAGAAACACUUCCACUCUUCUCUAGUUGAAACUCGCUCAGAUCAAAAGCAGAGCUUGUCACAAAUUAGGUCUGGACUUUGACUGGACCGUUAUAACAUAUACAUUUGUAGAACAGUGUUAUGCGUAGGUUUGAGAUUACAGUCCAGCUGGGAACCUCCUCUUCAGUUUCAGGUAUUCUAAAGCCUCUGACGGGCCUGGUACGUCAUCUAGUUCCAUUUAAUUUUCACAUAAACUCUAACCAGCAUCCCUGCUCCUACUAAAGCAUCACCAGCAGUGUGGGUUACCAUGGGGAUCUUGUUUUGAAGCUGAUGUGCAAUCAUAGUGUUUGGCAAAUAAUUUAAUUUAACCAAUUUAGUUAAAUUGGUUAAACACCUUAAACAUGUUUGCUGUCUCUCCCAAGUGUCUUAUGUUAAACUUCUUAUGACUUUAUUUCAACAAUAACUGUCUUUCUGAAACUCUCUUGUAAAAUGGCCUGAUUUGUGAAGUGCAUGACAAAUCUUUUUAAAUCUGUUGUUACACCUGAGCUAUGGAUCCCUGUAGCUCCUCCAGAGUUACAAUGGGAAUCUUGACUGCUUUUCUGAUCGAAGCUCUGCUUCAUCAAACUUCCAAAACUCUAAUCUUCACAGUGAGCUUGGUCCAUUGCUUAAAAUCCCAAUAAAAUACAGACAUUGAAGCUGAAGUGUGACAAAAUGUGGAGAAUCUUAAGGGAUAUUGGCACUUUUUCAUGGUAUUGUCUGGUUUGUGUUUUUUGCCUUUGUGUUAUCUGCCUUCUAAAACUGAACUCUUUUAGUCCUUUACUUUAUUUACUUCAGAUGCAGAAGUGUUACCAGUGUGUCAAAGAACGAGCUGACAAAAUUAAUCAAAUGUUGUUGGGGGUUUUUUUGUUACACAGUUACAUUGUUGCAGAGAGAUCCUGCAAGGAUCCAUAAUCUUACAACAAAUCAUCUUAAAAGCACGACAUCAGGGAUAAAAUGUUACAUGUCAUGACCAAUAAAGUUUCUGAGCCGUUUACUAA